UUGUAGUCUUGUGAAAGUGUCGAACAAACUGACUGCUGAAGUGAAGAGGAAGUACUUUUGAGAAUGGAAAUCUAAGAAAUGAAAGGUUGAGUUUGAAGAGGCGAGCGGAGGGAGAAGCCAUGCCUGCGCAACCCCCUGUGAGGGAGCCAGAGGAGGAGAUGGAGGCAGAAGGAGAGUCACAACUCCCAGAAGCCAACGGAGACUUGGAGCAACCUAGAGAGAAUAACAGAGGAGGAGGAGGGGGUGAAGAAGAGACUAUGGAGGAGAGCACAGAGGAGAGGGACAGCGAUCUGGAUGAGAGUGAGGAGGAGGAAGAGGAGGAGGAAGAGGAGGAGGAGAGUUCAGAGAUGGAUGAUGAAGACUGCGAGCGGAGGAGAGGAGAAUGUCUGGAUGAGAUGUCGGACCUGGAGAAACAAUUCCAGGAGCUGAAAGAGAAGUUGUUUCGGGAGCGGCUGAACCAGGUGAAGGUGAAACUGGACGAGGUGCUAACAGGGAAGGCUGGAGAAUAUCGAGAACCGCUGGCUGCACUACAGAACAGCAUGCAGAUACGGACUCAGGUGGCCGGAGUGUACAAGGAGCUGUGUCUGCAGGUGAUCAAACACAAACACGAAUGUGAACUACAGGGAGCAAAGCAGCACCUGGAGAGCGAGCGGACGUUGCUGUUUGAUGCCAUGAAGACAGAACUGCUGGAGAAGAUAAGACGCCUGGAGGAGGACAGACAGAAUGUUGACAUCACCUCAGAAUGGAGUGAUGAGGUGAGGAGCAAGAAGUGUAAAAGAAAGAACCAGCUGGGUCGGUCGGAGAGGAAAAAGAAAGUAGCUCUGGUUUCAGGGCCUUUCAUCGUCUACAUGUUGAGGGACAUCGACAUCCUGGAAGACUGGGCGGCUAUCAAGAAGGCAAAAACAGCUCUCACACCACUAAAGAAGAAAGUUGAAAAGCGGUGAUAAUAGGAGCAACUUAUUGAAGACCAGCUGCAAAGAAACCAAACUGAACACACACACACACACACACACACACACACACACACACACACACACACACACACACACACACACAGGGAUGAGUUUAGGAUUUGAUGAGCACCCAAGAGUGAAGCUAGUCGGGUUAGUAGAGGUCAAAGUUCUGUGAUGGUGAUGGCACUUUAUACGGUCACAGUGAUGUUGAUUCAACCUAUCGCAUGUUUUUCUUUUAAGGUUUUUUUUUGUUCCUAUGUAAAAACUGAACGGUCAAAGAUGGAAAACACAAACAUUUUCAGACAAAAGAAAUUAAAAAAAACUAUGUUAAAUGAAAAAAACAUCAUAAAUACAAGACAACUUACAAAAAUGAACAUGAAGGUCGACAGUAGAUCAUUCAAAUGUUAAAGGGUUAAAAAAAAAGAAGUGAAAUUGAAACAGUUGAAACAGCAGAGGGACCAUUCCUCAUUCUUUAUACCAUUUAGACAUUUUAAACACAAUUUAGUACAUUUUCCGGUAUGUUGGCUUUACUGUAUUGUCGUGACCCUUACAAGACCAACUAAAUCUUCUGCUUCACAGAGUUAGAACAUGACUGCUUGAGAAAUCUGUCUGCGAAAAAAAAAAAUGAAACUGAUACACAAUAGCAGUCAGCUAGGUUAGAAAAACAACCGUUUGGCGAAGGAGGCAUUCAAUGUCACUGAAAACGUAGUAAAAAAAA